AUGGACUACUGCCGUAUUUUAAGUAACAUAUUUAGUACAACGUUCUCGAAAGAUGAUGGAAAAGACUUUAUGUCAUGCAUAGAAGCUGCGAAUAAGCACUUGGAUCAAAAAUUGGAAAGUUUCAAUGAGAAAGUUGAUGAAGCAAGAGAUACAGAGGUAAUUGCACUUUCUAAAACGAUUGUCUGGGAUGUUGAAAGUACGGAGAAUGUAUCCAACUUGGUGAAAAUGUCAAAAGAUCGACUUUCCAUAACUUCCAAGUCAGCCUUUUCGACACUAAAAUGUAAUUCCUGUGUUAUCGCUGGAAGAUAUAUGUAUGAAGUUCAACUAAAGUCCAAGGGCGUUAUGCAAAUUGGUUUCUGCAGCUCUCAAUGUAAAUUUACACAAGAUACGGGCGUUGGCGAUACAAAAUAUAGUUAUGGAUUAGACGGCAGUAAGAAGCGGCUAUGGCAUGUAUACACGAAAAACUACGGUCCAUAUUGGCGAUCUGGAGAUAUUUUUGGCGUGUGUCUGGACAUGAGUAAAGGAAUAAUUGAGUAUUAUAGGAAUGGAUUGUCUCUUGGAACAGCAUUUGAAGAUAUUGAACGUGGAAUUGGAAUAUCAUUGUUUCCUGCAGUCUCACUAGCAUUUAAUGACUCAUUGACUGCGAAUUUUGGUGGAUCUCCAUUUCGAUAUCCAGUUCAUGGCUAUAAGCCACUCCAAUUACCACCGAUGAAACUUUUAUAUCAAGCUGAUCAGCUACUUGAAUAUUUAGUCAAUAUAGCUCGCUUAAUUAGCUCAAAACAUAAAGAAUCAUCAACCGUGCCAAAAUCACCAACAGACAUAUCCGUCGAUUCACUUUACAUGCUCAUAUCAGCGCUCAUCGUAGAACGAAUGAUUCCAUUGUUAAUUAAUUCAUAUGUGGUUGAAGAUAAAAUCAUUAAAAUUAUCAAGAGUUUAUGCGUGUGUAAGAGUACAAGUGAUUCCUUAAUUCAACCAGGCGUAAUUGGUAGUACAUUGGAGGCUUUCCUGUCACUGUUGUGGACGAACAUGGAAGAUUUUGAGAUUAAAAUUUUUCUCAAACGUUUAUUAAAUUAUUUAUCAAAUACGUUUAAGGAAACGCCAACUGAUCUCGAGUAUGAAAAUCAGCGGACGAUUAUUGUGAUUCUAACAUGCCUGUGCAAUCACACGCAAACGAGAAAGUUUUUUCUUGAACAUAAAUUCUUUAAGAAAAAUUGUUUACCUUUAUUUCUGUAUAUAAAACCACCUGACGAGUCAACGCUCGAGUUGUUGCUAUCUGACGAUAUAAUAUGGACGGAAGGAUUAGGUGGAAUAAAGGAAGUUUAUUUAGAGGCGUGCGAAAAGCUAAAGUCAUACACCUCAAUUUUGUAUGAGCGACAAAAGAAACUCAUUUUAACGUUGCUGAAUAAUGUUGAUGGUGACGAGAAUUCUCCGUCUAGUCGAAAAAUUUUCAUGAAUCGAUUUAGGAGCUUUGCGCUUGAUAACUUGUCGGCAUCAUUCAACACAACAACACAACCAGCUAUUGGUUUAUCACUUUUAUGCUUAUUGCUUGAUGUUGCGAAGCAGCUACAUGAUGAAGAGAAAUCUGAAAAGCCGUAUUUGAUAGUAAAUCAUCGAUAUUUCUACGACAACACCUUUAAUUAUGGACACAUUGAUAGAGUUGGUGGCGUUAUGUCUCAUUUGUGUCGGGUCUUUAAAAAGGAACUGACGAACGCACUUGGUAAUGAGCAUCAACAUGUUGAAAUUCCACCGGAACCCAACAAUCUCUUACGAGAUAUUUAUUCGACAAUGUUUUUAGUCAGCACUGGCAAUGGAACCAGUACAUAUUCAGUCGUUCGAAAUGCUCUCAGUGAUCAAACAAAUCAUCAACUUACUAUGCCGAUAUCGCCUGGAAAUAUUGACAAUCAUAAAUCAAUUUGUGAAAUUAUUGAUUGUACUAUAAUGUUUUAUCAAAGUGUAGCAUACAAAUAUGUUGUUAUGAUUGCUGAUUUACGAGACAAUAUAAGUCAUUUGUCAAACAUUUUAAUGGAGACAAAGAAUUGUCGUGAUGAAGUAACGAGAAAUUUGGAGGAAUAUAAGAAUUCUAUUGAGGGUGUCAGCUCGACACACGAUGAGAUAUUAAAGGAAUUGUCGGAGAAGUUUUGUGAGAGGAAGAACAUCUUUGCUAAACGUUCUAUAGAACUAGCAAGGAAGCAAGCAUGGUACCGAUCAGUAGCUUUAGGUACACAAAGAAGAAGUCUCUUAUGUUGGUUAACUGGAUGUGUCUUUAAGACAAUCGAAGAGGCUUCAUCAUCAAAUGUUCUCUUCUCAUUCGUACCAGAACAUUACAUUACAGUUCUACCGUUGCUUCUUGAUACAAUUUUGGACUUUAGCUUUCAUGAUUCAGGCUUACAGCAUGGUCUUGUUGAAAAUCAAGACUUAUUGGACAUGAGUGCUGAGUUUUUAAGCUCUCAUUUAGCUGAUUCGCGCGUUAUUAUCGCUUCCUGUAAAGAUGCAUUAAUUCAAGCUUUAGGAACGUUGACUUGUCAUCAAUCAGGCAUUAAGGCUUUAGAAAAUUGUUCUGAGGAAUCUCAACUGCUUCUUGUUCGUGCUUUGUUGCGAAAAUAUGAAAAUCGUGCUUGGGGUCAAAGUAAUUGGAUAAUGUUAAGAUUCUGGCUUGGUGAGAAUUCAGCUUUUGCUUAUCGUGAUCCACGACAACCGUGCAUCUUUCAGGAUAAUACACAAACGACCAUAACACUGCCAUUAAUUCGUGGACGACAAAAGAAUAGUUCACAUACAGGUUUACUACAUUUAAUAGCACCGCCGUGUCCAAGUAAACAUUUCCAGCAGCUUAUUAGACAAGUGCUUAUUGAGGAUGAACAAUAUAGCACUGGAUUUUUGAACUCGCUGCUUACUCAAUUAAAUUGGGCAUUUUCUGAAUUUAUUCAUAUUCUGCAAGAUAUUGAGAAUUUAUUACAACGAGACAGUCAAGCUUUACUGCCCGAUCCACGUCAAUUAAAAAUAUGUAGCAUGUGCUUUGACUUGACAAUAUCUUUAAUGCGUGCUUUGGAAAUGAUUGUUAAUAUAGCACCAGAAAUAUUUAAGGACUCAACACGACCAAACAGCGAUAAUUUAUUGGGACGAGUCUCACAAUUAGUCAUUCAAGUGCUGUCACGUGUCACUGUCCCACCAUCAUGCUUUCAAUUUGUUAUUGACUUGUGUCUACCAGAUUUGAUUAGUGUAACUCAUUUUGCUAUUUUGACAGCAGCGCUUGGAACCAUUCUUGGAUUAAUGAGCGAUGAAUUGAUUUUUGAGACGCUUGCAAAGCUUCCGAAAGUUUCACGUCACAUCCUGACUGAUUCCUCAUUUCAAAUUGCAUGUCUGGAAUUUGCGCUUGGCGAAAUUAAAUCUACCGUUCAUGUGCCUAAUGCUGAUCAACCGAGAGGAAAUUUCGAUCCUAAAUUAAAUCGAUUUGUUGAUCCAUUGACUAACGAAAUACGUAAAAUUCCAUCUCAUCGAUUGCUCAACGAACGGACAAUGAAAAACGAUCCACCCAUUUUGAAGUUUAAUUUGAGUGACUAUAUGACACACGUCACCAACGAUGAAAUCGAGAGAGUCAAGAAGUUAAUUGAAGUUUUACAAAUGCGUCAAUCAUUACUGUCUGAAACAACACUCGUUUCUGAGGAUGCUCUUUGCACAAUUUGUUAUGCACGUCAAAAUGAUGUAAUAUUCGAACCGUGCCUUCAUCAAUCCUGUCAUUCAUGCAUAAUCCAGCAUUUAAUGAGUGUAAAGCAAUGCUUUUACUGCAAGGCAUUCAUAACAAUGGUGAAGAAAAUGGACGGAACUAUUUUAUACACAAAUGAAUCAUCGCCAUCAUCACGCGCUGAUUCAUUGAAUAUUGAAUCAACCAGCACAAGUCAUCGUGAUACACAGGAUUUAGAUGACAUUGACACAAGUAACUGA